CCCCUGCACGUAGAGCUCUGCAGGCUGGGGCUGGGACCUCGUGCUGGGUAAGCAGGAGGGAUGGCAGUCAUGGCUAAGCCCACCUCCUGCCCUCUGUCAACACCUGCUGCUGCAACCUUCUCAUUUCCAUUCCAGGUUCUCUGUCCUGAGACCCCAGAGCACCCCUGCACCACCAUGACUGGGCUGCUGAAGAGGAAAUUUGACCAGCUGGACGAGGACGACUUCUCAUUCUGCUCCUCCUCCAGCUGCCACUCUCCCUCCUGCUCCCGGAGCUCCUCGGUGUCCCCUGCCUGGGACUCAGAAGAGGAGGGCCCCUGGGAUCAGACGCCCCUACCUGACCGUGAUGUCUGUGGCCCCCAAAGUUUCACCCCCCCAUCCAUCCUGAAGCGGGCUCCUCGGAAGCGCCCACGCCACGUAGUCUUUGAUGGCAUCACCGUCUUCUACUUUCCUCGGUGCCAGGGCUUCACCAGCGUGCCCAGCCGUGGUGGCUGUACUCUGGGCAUGGCCCCUCGACACAGCGCCUGCCGCCACUUCUCCUUGGCCGAGUUUACACAGGAGCAAGCCCGGGCACGAUGUGAGAAGCUCCGCCAGCACUUGAAAGAGGAAAAGCUGGAGACACUACGACGGACGCUUUCAGUAACUGGGGUACCCAAGGAAGAAGCAGACCAACCGCUUACAUUGGAUGCCAUUGACGAUGCCUCUGUGGAGGAGGACUUGGCAGUGGCCAUGGCAAGUGGCCGGUUGGAAGAAGUGAACUUCCUACAGCCCUACCCAGCCCGGCGACGGCGGGCUCUGCUGCGGGCUGCCGGCGUGCGAAGGAUCGAUCGUGAGGAGAAGCAGGAGCUGCAGGCACUGCGCCAAUCCCGGGAGGACUGUGGCUGUCGCUGCGAUAGGGUCUGUGACCCCGAGACCUGCAGCUGCAGCCUGGCAGGCAUCAAGUGCCAGAUGGACCACACAGCAUUCCCCUGUGGCUGCUGCAGGGAGGGCUGUGAGAACCCCAAGGGCCGUGUGGAAUUUAAUCAGGCGCGAGUUCAGACCCAUUUCAUCCACACGCUCACCCGCCUGCAGCUGGAGCAGGGGGCUGAGAGCCUUGGGGAGCUGGAGACCCCUGUGCAGGGCAGCCCACCCAGCCCUGGCGAGCAAGCCCUGGUCCCCACUUUCCCACUGGCCAAGCCCCCCAUGACCAGCGAACUGGGAGACAACAGCUGCAGCAGUGACAUGACCGAUUCCUCCACAGCGUCUUCCUCAGCAUCGGGCACUAGCGAGGCCCCCAACCACUCCAGCCACCCAGGCCUGCCUGGUUCUGGCUUCCAGCCUGGAGUGAAUGAUGACAGCCUGGUGCGAAUCCUGAGUUUCAGUGACUCUGACCUUGGUGGGGAGGAGGAAGAAGGGGGUGUGAGGAACCUGGACAACCUCAGCUGCUUCCACCCAGCUGACAUCUUUGGUACUGGUGACCCCAGUGGCCUGGCCAGCUGGACCCACAGCUGUUCUGGCUCUAGCCUCAUAUCAUGCAUCCUGGAUGAAAAUGCCAACCUAGAUGCCAGCUGCUUCCUUAGUGGUGGCCUUGAAGGGUUGAGAGAAGGCAGCCUCCCCGGCACCUCAGUGCCGCCCAGCGUGGACGCUGGUCAGUGCAGCUCAGUGGACCUCAGUUUGUCUUCCUGCGACUCCUUUGAGCUACUCCAGUCUCUGCCAGAUUAUAGUCUGGGGCCUCACUACACCUCCCAGAAGGUGUCUGACAGCCUGGAUGGCCUCGAGGCACCCCACUUCCCCUUGCCUGGCCUCUCUCCACCUGGGGACACCAGCACUUGCUUCUUGGAGACCCUCAUGGGCUUGUCUGAGCCAGCUGCUGAAGCCCUAGCUCCCUUCAUUGACAGCCAGUUUGAAGACAGUGCCCCACUGUCUCUGAUGGAGCCUAUGCCAGUGUGAAGACUAGGAUGCCUUUUCCCAGCCUUGGGAGGCCUGUUGCUGCUUUUCUGUAAUUUGGGGGCUCCCCAAUAUCUGUAUGUAAUAGUCUCCCAUUGGCUGGCUCACCCACAGGUGCCGUGUGGGCAUUCCUGGUUUUCAUGCAAUACUCUGGAUUUAUUUAUUUAUUUUUAAAACUUUUUUGUGAAGAGAGGGUGGGGGGUGGGAGAGAGCUUCCCCUUUCAGCUGCCUGCCCUGCGACACCCACACAAUGCUCUUCCACCUCCAGUGUGUGCCAGGAGGAGGAGAUGAUGUGGCUGCCCUGGAGCUUGGCAGAAACCUUUUCGGUCUUCAUAUGAUGUUUCUUAGCCCAAAAGCAGCGAGAGGGCUGAAAUCAGUCACUUCUUAGGGCUUCUGCUACUCUGAGCUCUAGACCCUUGGGUGGUAAAUCCUUUGGACUGUGAAAACUAAUUUAUUUCCAUAAUUUAUUUGGAGACUGAGAGGCUUUGGCUUCUCCUCUUUGGCUGGCGAGCAGUGCUGGGGCAGGGUGGGCACAGACCAUUUUGAGUCCUUUUUGCCUUGUCAUCCUACACCCUGCCCUUCCUGGGCUUUGGUGUAGACCAGGUGUGGAUUCAAGCCCUGUGAUCUGUGUCAGCUGCCUAACUCCUGGAUGGCUGAGCAGGCAGGGGCUGGGCAGGGGGAGGGGCUGGGCUGACCAGCUGUGACCAAAACUCCCUUCUGCUCCACCUGGCACCCUCUGUUUCCUGCCCUCUGCCCCAUCUUCCCCCUCCCCAAAGGCCACAGUUUUUAUUCCAGACCCAUCUCUGUAGAAUGGAGAAGCAGGAGGCCCAGAAAGGCAAGGGGCUUGCCUCGGGCAGGAAGCAUGCCCCAGACUACUAUCUCAGGGCUUUCUGGGCACUGCACUCCAGCCUGGCCCACCUGCCUGUAUCCUGAGGCCAGUUGAUGAGAGGUGGCUCCUUAGGGCUUUUAUGCCCUUCAUUUGCUGAUGUUGAAUUUUGCAUCGUAAUUUCUAUAUUGUCCUUGAGUGUCAGAACUAAUUUAUUCAUUUUUCUGUCUGUGCCAAGAAACCCAGGCUCUGGGCCUGUCCCCUUGCCUAGGAGGCCUAGCCAGCCUGCGUGCUUAUGGGAACACCUUGUACCUGAGCUUACAGGUACCAAUAAAGAGGCUCUAUUUUUAA